AUGGAGUUUCUAGAUGAAGACGUGUUGGACGUUACUCCCCUUUGCGUGAUACCAGGUGACACCCCAGGUCCCUCCUCCAAGGCUGGAGAUGAGCAAGGAACACAAUUUCACAACAGGAUAAUUAGUAGAUCAUCGACGGGCACAAAAGACAUUGUGAGGAAUUUCAGUGUGUCCAUUGAAAAUGAUAAUCUUAAUAGUGUGCCCAUUGAAAAUGAUAAUCUUGAUAGUGUGCCAAUUGUUGAUGAAGUUAAUAAUGAUGAUGAUGCCGAUGAUGAUGAUGAUGAUAAUGUUGAUUAUGAUAUAUUUGAUCCAAGAAAUUGGGAUCGUCUUCAACCUAAACUGAUUGAUUUAUUAGUUGUGAAAGGUCCUAAAAGAGAUAAUUCUAUUGUGAAGGGUCCUAGAGAUAGAUUUUUGAAUGUGAAUAAUACAAGUGGUCAGGAGCUUUUUGAUGUUUUACAAAAUGAAUUGAAAGAACUUGGUCUCGACCUAUUUGACGUGAGAGGGCAAGGUUAUGAUAAUGGGUCCAAUAUGAAGGGAAAACACCAAGGUGUGCAAAAGAGAUUUUUAGACAUAAAUCCGAGAGUCUUUUAUACUCCUUGUGGUUGUCAUAGUCUUAAUUUGGCAUUGUGUGAUAUGACUAACUCUUGUAUUAAAGCUAUGAUUUUUUUUGGAGUUGUUCAACACAUUUAUACAAUUUUUGCCAAUUCUACUAAGAGAUGGCAAAUUUUGAAAGAUAACGUAAAAGGAUUGACUCCAAAAUCAUUGUCAUCCACUCGUUGGGAGAGUCGUGUAGAAAGUGUCAAAGCUAUAAGAACUCAAAUGUUAGAAUUUACAGAAGCUUUGCUUGAAGUGUCAGAAAAUAAUCUUGAUCCUAAAAUACAAAAUGAAGUUAAAUCCUUAGCAACAAAUGAGCUUGGUGAUUUUGAGUUUUUGAUGGCUAUAAUUAUUUGGUUUGAAAUAUUAUCUGCAAUUAAUUCUGUUAGCAAGCUUUUACAGGAAAAGGAUAUGCUUAUUGAUUUUGCUAUGCAAAAAAUUAAGGGAUUGAUUUCGUAUUUUGAGGGAUAUAGAGAAACAGGUUUUUAUAAGGUAUUGAUUAAUGCUAAGGAAAUUGCGGUGGAAUUGAAUAUUGCCCCAAUAUUUCCUCAAAGGCGUAUAAUUAAAAGAAAAAGGCAAUUUGAUGAGAAUUUGAAUAUCCCAUCAGUCGAGCUAUCAGAAGAAGAAUCAUUCAUGGUUAAUUAUUUUUUUUAUUUUGUUGAUCAAGCUGUUGUUUCUCUUAAUAAGAGGUUUGAGCAACACCAAGAGUAUGAAAGUAUUUUUGGUUUCUUGUUUACUUCUCACAAGUUACAAUCAUUAGAUGAUGCAACUUUGAAGUCUUGUUGUACUAACUUUGAGCAAGCAUUGAACCAUAAUGAGCAAUCUGAUAUUGAUGGGAAUGAAUUUUUUGCAGAGUUGAAGUUACUAAGAGAAAUGUUGCCUGAAGAAACCAUAAGACCUACUGAUAUAUUAUUAUUUUUAAAAGGCUUGGAUUGUUUUCCUAAUACAGUUAUUGCAUAUAGAAUCUUAUUGACUAUUCCUGUGACAGUUGCUUCUGCAGAAAGAAGUUUUUCAAAAUUGAAGUUGUUAAAGACUUACUUGCGGUCUACCAUGUCACAAGAAAGACUUAAUGGAUUGGCAUUAAUAGCUAUUGAAAAUGAUAUUUUGGAGACAUUAAAAUAUGAAGACUUAGUUGACGAUUUUGCUUCAAAAAAUGUCCGUAGGAAGGCUCUUUUUAUGUAG